UGACAAUUAGUGAAUCUAUAAAAGAUGCUGUUCAAGAUCUCCAGUAAAUAUUAUUGGUGAUUACGUUCGAAAGAUUCCACAAAGCAUCUUUUGUGUGUGUGUGUGUGUGCCACUAAGAAUGAAGCUGAUUUUGAGUAUCCUGCCCUUGUGCUUUGCCUUGGCCUAUGGUCAAUUUGGUGGCUUUGGAGGUUUUGGUGGCAAUGUAGCCGAUACGCUCCAAAGGGGAAGCAGUGCGGCUGUCAAUACUUUGCAGAGUGGUGUAAGUGCUGUGGCUUCUGGAUUAAAGAGUGUGCCAGUGCUGAAUAAUGUCAAGGACUUUGCUGAUUUCGCUGCCCAAACUGGCAAGACCUAUGCCAAUGCUGCUGAUAAAGCAUUACGUGAAGGCAUUUUCAAGGGACGUAUGACUUUGGUGGAUGCCAAUAACAAAGCCUUUGCUGCUGGCACUUCAACAUUCGAAUCCGGCAUCAACGCAUUCGCUGAUCUUACUCAGGCUGAAUUCUUGUCUCAACUUACCGGUAAUCGCAAAUCGGCCAAGGGAGAGGAACAAGCCAAGAAACAUCGUCAUAAGCCCGAGUUGGAUGAAAGUGGUAAGAUUCCUGAUGCUUUUGAUUGGCGUCAAAAGGGUGGAGUUACUCCUGUUAAAUUCCAAGGCGAAUGUGGCUCUUGCUGGUCUUUUGCUACCACCGGUGCCAUUGAAGGUCAUUACUUCCGCAAGACUGGACAAUUGAUUAAUCUCUCCGAACAGAAUAUGAUUGAUUGCGGCAAAGAGGAAUUCGGUUUGGCUGGUUGUGAUGGCGGUUUCCAGGAGUAUGCCUUCGAAUUUGUCACCAAUCAAAAGGGUGUGGCCAAGGCUGAGGGCUAUCCCUAUUUGGAUAAGAAGGAUAGCUGUCAUUACAAGGAUGCAUUGAAGGGUGCUGAAAUCGAUGGAUUUGCUACUAUUACACCUAAAGAUGAGGAUACCAUGAAGAAGGUCAUAGCAACCAUGGGUCCUUUGGCCUGCUCUGUCAAUGGCUUGGAGUCCUUGUUGUUGUACAAACGCGGCAUCUACUCCGAUGAGGAGUGCAACAAGGGUGAAGUCAAUCACUCGAUUCUAGUUGUGGGCUAUGGCAGCGAAAACGGCAAAGAUUUCUGGAUUGUCAAGAACUCCUGGGACAAGGCUUGGGGUGAGGAGGGUUACUUCCGUUUGCCACGUGGCAAAAACUUCUGUGGCAUCGCCAGCGAAUGCAGUUAUCCUCUUAUUAAAUAAGCUGUAAAUCUCUAUCCCCCCCCUCCAACAAAAGAAAGGCUUGUCCAAAAGGAAUCUCUUUUUACGUUUUUUUUUUGUUUUGUUAAUUUUAUUGGAAUUUACAAUAAACAAACUUUAGAAUAUAACAAAUACAACA